GCCGCCCGCCCCGGACGCCAGCUCCCGCCGCCUCUCCGCCCGCCGCCCGCCGCCAGCAGCCAUGAGCGCGCCCGGCCCCGGUGUAGCCUGCUGUCCUCUAGAUUAGCGCUCCCCGCCGCCACCGUCCGCAGCAUGGAGUCUCCCGCCGCGAGCCGGCCGGCCACCUUGCCCCAGACCAAAGGCUGCCAUUACUUCCUGGGCUUCCUGAGGGCAUCAAGAAGAGAGCACAGAACUGAGAUGGCUGGCUCUUUCUGCAUAUCUGUCCCUGUCACUCAGCUUUGUUGUCCAGUGGCAUUGAAAGCGACCUCAGUGGAAGGGAAGUUCCGUGUGCUGGCUGAUGGAGGUGCUGGUUUAGUCGAUGUGGGAAAAUCCAAAAGGAAAAAGGAUUUACGGAUAACCUGCAUAACCAAGCCACCCGUGCCCAACCCCACACCUCCCCGGAACCUGGACUCCCGGACCUUCAUCACUAUCGGAGACAGAAACUUUGAGGUGGAGGCUGAUGACUUGGUGACCAUCUCAGAGCUGGGCCGUGGAGCCUACGGGGUGGUGGAGAAGGUGCGGCACGCUCAGAGCGGCACCAUCAUGGCCGUAAAGCGUAUCCGGGCCACUGUGAACUCACAGGAGCAGAAACGCCUGCUUAUGGACCUUGACAUCAACAUGCGCACGGUUGACUGCUUUUACACCGUCACCUUCUACGGCGCCCUCUUCAGAGAGGGGGAUGUGUGGAUCUGCAUGGAGCUCAUGGACAUGUCCCUGGACAAAUUCUACCGGAAGGUGCUGGAGAAGAACAUGACAAUUCCGGAGGACAUCCUGGGCGAGAUCGCUGUGUCUAUCGUGCGGGCCCUGGAGCACCUGCACAGCAAGCUGUCUGUGAUCCACAGAGAUGUGAAGCCGUCCAAUGUCCUCAUCAACAAGGAGGGGCACGUGAAGAUGUGCGACUUCGGCAUCAGUGGCUACCUGGUGGACUCCGUGGCAAAGACAAUGGAUGCUGGCUGCAAGCCUUACAUGGCUCCUGAGAGGAUCAACCCAGAGCUGAAUCAGAAGGGCUACAAUGUCAAGUCUGAUGUCUGGAGCCUCGGCAUCACCAUGAUCGAGAUGGCCAUUCUGCGAUUCCCGUAUGAGUCUUGGGGGACACCGUUCCAGCAGCUGAAGCAGGUGGUGGAGGAACCAUCCCCACAGCUUCCAGCUGACCAGUUCUCCCCUGAGUUUGUGGACUUCACUAGCCAGUGCCUAAGGAAGAACCCCGCGGAGCGCAUGAGCUACCUGGAGCUGAUGGAGCACCCUUUCUUCACCUUGCACAAAACUAAGAAGACGGACAUUGCUGCAUUUGUGAAGGAGAUCCUGGGAGAAGACUCAUAGGGGACUGGCUUGGGACCCCACUGGUCUGCCAGCGUCCAUACCCCUCUGCUGGGGCAGCAUCACCCUGCAGCCAUAAGCUACUGCCAAUCUGGCCCUGGGCAUCCCAGGAGGAAUUGAGGGGGUUGUUCCUGUCUGGCUGUGCAACUAGCUGCCCCAAACGCCAAAGAACCAGACCUCAGGGGGUCCUAGCCAGGCCCUAUGGGCCCCACAGUGCCUCUGCUGUUGCUGCUCCCAGGGUCUCAGGCCUCCACUCAAGGGAAGAAUUUGGAGGGGCCUGCGUACCCCGGCAGAUGCUGUUGCCUCUUGAAGAGCAGGCAGCCAGUGCCUGUAUGGACAGGCUAUAUAUAGCCUUGGUAUUGUCCUGGAUGCCACCCAGGUUGUAUAUAUAUUUUAAACCACAACUGAAAGACUUCAUAUACUGUGGCCUGGUUGGGGACAUCUCUGUCCCAUCUUAGGUGCUGAGGACACACUAUGGGGAUGAGCCAUGUGAAUCCCCUAAGACUUUCCUGGGAGACGUGUUGAGCUGCCCAAGGCCCUCACCCAGCACUGGCCAGUGGUCUCUAAGGGGCACACUGACCUAGCCCCUGGCCACCACCUCCACUGGCAUCUGUCUUUCUUUUUAAACUAUUAUCCUUGUUGCCUUUC